CUUGAUACCCUGUGAUAGACUUCCAAGGAAAAAUGCAUUGCGCGCAUUACCUAAACAUUGGGAAAUGGCGGAAAAAUAUACUUGGAGAGCGCCAAAGCAAGAUUCAAUCGAGUCUGAUGAUUCUGAAAAUGAAAGUCAGAGCAAAAGCAUCAGUAAAGCUAAAACAUGCGAAACCAACGGCGGUCCAAAAGUCGAUUCUGUGCAGCCGCUUCAAAGGGAACCACGUAAAUUCACUCAUCCUGUAUAUAAAACAAUUUCGAAAUGCAACAAUCUGGUGAACCAUAUGGAAACGGAGGAAAUAUGUCGGAAACUCGCAGAAUGUGGAUUGAAUGGAGGGGGAUCGCAUGAAGUAGUCUCUAAAAGACUCAAGAACUGGUUAAAAGCAAGAGAGCUGAGAGAAGCAAAUAUGAAUCAGACACAAAAUCCAAUAGAUUUUAUCAUUGUUAUAGAUUUUGAAGCGACCUGUGAAAAAGACAAUCCUCCAAAUUUUAUACAAGAAAUAAUCGAAUUUCCAGCAGUUUUGGUUGAUGUUCACACAAGACAAAUAGUUUGUCAGUUCCAUUCAUACUGCAGACCAACUAUUAACAGUCAGCUGACAAACUUCUGUAAAGACCUCACUGGCAUAACACAGAUUAUGGUUGAAAGUGCACCUAGAUUCCCAACAGUUCUGAGAAGAUUUGAUGAAUGGGUCAAAACAGCAAUUGCACCUGGCAGCACAUUUGCAAUUUUAACAGAUGGACCAUGGGACAUAGCGAAAUUCCUAAAAGUUCAAUGCAAGCAGAGCAAAUUGGAGAUGCCAUAUUACUCCAAUAGGUGGAUAAAUAUCCGCAAACACUUUAGAAACUACUAUAAAACAGACAAAGUGAACUUAGAGGGCAUGCUGGAUUAUCUAGGCAUGAAAUUUCAGGGCAGGCCCCAUAGUGGUAUAGAUGACACAUUCAACAUAGCAUGCAUAGCCAUCCAACUAUUGGAAGAUGGAUGUGACUUGCGAAUUAAUGAAACAUUUUUGUAAGGUGCUAUGCAAGAAUAUCUUGUUGGGUGUUAAAAAUAAUUACCAAAUCAUUACAACAUGUUGGGUAAAGGGUAAAGUAGGCUGUCUAUUGCAGCCAAACAAUAGAUUUAUUGGCUUUAUUGUUUCAAGAAUGGCACAGCAUCCGUAAAUGACCAGUCUCUGCGAAGUUUACAGAUUUGUUUGUUAUAUAGGCAUAAAAAUAUCUGCAGAGCAUUGUACAUAAUACAGGUACCUAUCUUCUACAAAACAGAAGCACCCAAUUAGUGAAAAAAACUUUGGAUAAAGGAGAAAGACUGAUUGCUCUCAUUAUCAAGGUAAUUAGCUAAAGCAGAAGAAACUUACCCAUUGGAAAUUUUGUGCAAAUGGUAAAGCUUGUGGAUAUAUGUCUACCUGCGAGAAUGACAAAAUAUUAUCUUAUUGAAUUGUAAAGCCAUUUGGCAGCAUGCCUCAAAACAAGCUUGAUGCCCCUGCUUAAAACUUCCUCUUGGCUGAAGAAAUGCCCCCUCCCUGCCAACACUGAUUUUAAACAAGAUUUUAAACAACAUCUACAAAAAACGGAUCAUCUCUAGUUUAGAAGUUUUAUACACCAUUCAUUCUAAAGACCAAUGAAAAUUGCAAUAAAAUUUUGACAGCUUGGAGGCUUCUUAUUCACACCCUUUUUGAGAGGUUGAGAAGAAUGAAAACCUUAGAAUCUGGGAAUAUGGUACUUUGACUAAUUCUAUGGGUACAGCAUUAUCAUUACAGGAAACACAAGAUAUUAUAAACAAGUAGCCCGCUAUCUGCUUCGCAGUGAAAUGUAAGCAUGGUGAAUUUGGCUUUCAUUUGGCUUUCAUUUCAGCAAAUAGAAGCUAGUGUCCUACUUUUUUGGCAAAACUUGGAUAGGUAUUUAUCUAGCUCCUUGUAGAACAAAACAGCUGUUAUUCUAUGAUAAUAAUAAAUUGUUCAUAAGUGAAAUGUUUUCAAAUCUGAGAUUAGAAUCCCAUUCUACCUGACAUAAAAGGGUACAAAUGUUACCUGUCACUAUAAAAUAUGAGCGGUUUCAAAGGCAGUGUGCAAUUACAGACUGUAGUUGCACUCCCAGGAUUGUUUGCUGAUUGGUAUAGAUAGAGAUAAACCCCCUUGAAGCAUGCUACUAGUAGAGACACACUGCCUGUAAUAUCAAUGCUUUAAUAUCUUAUAUCUUAUAGCUGUUAAAUUUGCUAAUGAAAAAAUGUGAUUAUAACAAAACUUUCAA